AUGUUUAGCAAGAGUCACGGUUGGGAAGAAGAUGGCCUUCCUCUCCCCCUUCCGAAGACGCAUUCGCCAUACAAGACCGAAGCCGCGCACCCGGUUUAUGUGGUGCGCGGCCUCAAGUUUCGUCGCUUACUUGCACUCGUCGAAGCUGCUGUUAUGGACACGACCACCUCCUACUGCAAACAGCUGCACUGGCUCCCACAUAUUCUGCUCUGGAGUCCCGAAGGGGACGAAAAUUCUCCCCCUAUACGCAUUUUCACAGACGAUUUCAAUUGCAACGACAUGCUCAAGGAGGCCAAGGAACUGCACUCAAAGCCGCGUCAUCCGGACGAUCCAGAAGACCUCGAGUAUGUCAUCCUACCGCUGAAGUUCUGGUCAGAUGCAACACAGCUGGCGUCGUUCGGAACCGCGUCCCUCUGGCCUAUAUACAUGUACUUGGGCAACCUCUCCAAGUACGUUCGCGCUCGCCCAUCACAGUUCGCUGCGCACCAUUUGGCAUACAUCCCCGAGCUUCCCGACGACUUCAAGGACUUCUACAAGAGCGUAUACGGAGUCCCGCCCUCGCCUGAGGUACUCAAGUUCUGCAAACGGGAGCUCUUUCAACAGGUAUGGCUAAAGCUCCUCGACGACGACUUCAUGCACGCGUACGAACAUGGUAUCGUCCUUAUGUGCGGAGACGGUGUCAAGCGUCGUAUUUUCCCCCGUAUCGUGACUUACUCAGCGGACUAUCCCGAGAAGAUGCUGGCGACUGCGCUUCGGCCCCUCUCCAACCAUCCAUGCCAUCGGUGCCUCAUCCACAAGGACAAGAUCUCCGAGACUGGUUCUCCCGGAGCACGGCUCGACGAUAGCGAGGUUCACGAUCGCAUUGAAGCCUCACGACGAGCCGUGUUCAAGGGUCGAUCCCUGGCCGGAAAAUGUGUGAAACAUCACCUCGACGACAUGGCCCUGAUCCCGAUCCGAAGCGCACUGUCAACGCGCCUGUCUCAGUUUGGAGUGAACACCUACAGGCUGUUCGUUCCAGAUGUGAUGCACGAGUUUGAACUCGGCAUCUGGAAAGCGACGUUCCAGCAGCUGAUGGGAAUGCUGGAAUCUCAUGGCAAAGGAGCACUCCAGUCCUUCAACACACGUAUGCGCGCCACACCUACCUUCGGUCGAGACAGAAUCAGGCGCUUCUCGCAUGAUGUGUCUCAUCGCAAGCGACUCGCUGCCCGCGAUUACGAGGCAUUUCUUUUGACAAUCAUUCCGGCGUUUCAAGGUCUCCUACCAGCCAAAGACGACGCGGUGAUCAGUGGGCUCCUCUUCGAGCUGGCCAACUGGCACGCACUUGCGAAGCUCCGCUUGCACACCGAGGUUACUGUCGACAUCUUCAAAGACGCCACCACGCACAUGUACGACGCUUUUCGAGCCUUCAAGACGACAUGCACGCGUUACGAAGUGUACGAGUCGAAGAACGAGUUUCAAGCUCGCCUCCGCCGCGAAGCUGCCAUUGAUCCGCAGCAUGUGGACGGCCAGAGGAAGAAGAAGCCAUGCAACAUAUGGGAGCGGCCAAAGUUCCACGGGGUGAGCCACGCGCCAGAUACUGUCGAGGACUCUGGCCCUCUCGACGGCGGCAGCACUCAAACGUUCUAUCCACGCACCAACAAAGUGGAAUUUGUUUCGCAGAUAGCGAACCACCAGUGGCGCGCUGAGCUCCUUCGCCAUCUGAGAGACAGCGACCCCGACUAUACACCACGUCGCGAGGCUCAGCGACAACGCGAAGAUGCUCGUGCCCUGCUGCAGGAGUCCCUCGAGCGUCGUCGCGACACUCCAUCUGAGCUUCCGACUGAGCGCUCUCCCUUUAACGCAGAAGGAUCGGAUCCGCAUGCAAGGUACGACGUUGGGAACGGGCGCCGCAAUAUCGUGAGGAUUUAUAACUGGCUUGCUGAGAACGCGGGCGACCCCGCACUAGAGAACUUCCUCCCUCUCCUCCGUUCGCACUGUCUUCCUCGUCUACUCGCAGCAAACGCGAUCCCCGAGCACUUGCUGAACGAACGCUCGGACGUUACUGCCUGGGAUCUCCGGAUCGAAGACUCAAGGCUGUACACGCACAAGGUGAUCCGCUUCAACUAUACUACGUACGAUAUGCGCCGCAAUCAAGACUCGGUCAAUCCAAGAACCCACCCGGACGUCAUGGUAUGGGCCCCCGACGAGUCCUCUGAUCAUCCAUAUGCGUACGCCCGUGUGCUCAGCAUCUUCCACCUCACGGUGUCCUGCCUCGCUCGACCUAGGACUUCUACUAUCCCGGGAACUGCAGCAUCACAAGUGCUCCGAGUCUCCUCAAGCAUGGACGUUCUCUGGGUGCGUUGGUUCAAGGUCGACAGUGAACUUCAGUCUGGUUUCACCACACGCCGCCUCCCUCGUCUUCAAUUCGUCCCACACAAUGACGCCAGCACGGAGCCGUUCGGAUUUCUCGAUCCCGCGACCGUCGUGCGUGCGUCGUACCUCAUUCCAGCGUUCCACUUCGGCAAGACCGAGCGGCUGCUCGGUGAAUCGCGCCUUGCACGUUGCGAUUCCGACAAUCUUGACUAUGCCUACUACUACGCUUGCAUGUUUGUUGAUCGAGAUAUGUACAUGCGAUACCUUGGCGGCGGCGUCGGACACCGCGAGCAGUUCGUGACGAUCGCGCAAUCUCGACAGCACGCGCUACGCGAAGGCCCUCUCGUGACCCCCGAGUCGUACCCAAGUCCUCCUGACGCCGGCGGACACACUCCGGAACGUGGCAUUGAAGAGCCUUCGUCUUCGCAUCCUCCAGGCGACGAAGACAACGAUGCUGAAGAUGCCCAGGAGGAGGCAGCCGAGUUUGCUCACGAACUCGAAGCCCUUGAAGAGCUCGACGAGCGGCAAGACGAGGAGAAUGAGGGGGACGAUCUCGUAGAGCGCCCCGCUUAUGAGAUAAUUGACGACCCCGACUACUAUGAAGACGACGAGUACGAAGCAGAGGGGUAUGCUCGGCCCUGA